CAAAGCGCAAUACCGCAUCUAUUCCACAUAAACAAAAGGAGAACAAAGUGAAAGGAUGGUGUAAGAGAAUGAUGCCCCUUUUGAUUGUGCGGUACGGAAAAUAGACAACGGGACCGGCAUCGGUGGCACGGAGGAAAAGAUUGUACUGCAGCGCGACGGCAGCAUCUGCAGGUGCUCCUGAUACCAGUGCGAAACCACGUCGAACCCGUGUGAAGUCUUCCCCGGAUAUACGGCGAACGGUCGUGGGAAGGUCACAAGCGUCCAGACCCCCGCCUAAAACAAUGGAGUUCCAGCACCGGUAAAGUGGCAGCAAAAAGACUGAUAGCAAAUCGCAGCUACUUACCAAUCGGACAACAAAUUUGGCUAUUCGAAAUCGACGUCGUCAUCGCUUGACCUACUCUCCUCAGCGACAAAUAUUUGUUGACAACGCAAAAACAAAUUGCUCAAAAAAAUAUAUUUUUAAUAAUGGCACUGCUACCACCAGAUCCGGUGUACUGUCUGAAGUCUCCCGAUCUGAGCUCAUUCCACUCGCUAUGCUUCCACACUUCCGAGCGGCUGUAUGCCGGAACCACGAAGGGAACCGUCCAGUUGUGGGAUUUGCAGACCAACCGCUCCACUUACCAACUGUCAGUGGGUACCAGCCCGAUCAUCAACGUCGCACACACCGAAGAUGCCUUGAUAACUCAGGAAAAAGAGGGAUAUGUCAAGCUGUGGGAGCUGACCAACUCGGCGUAUGUCCUUCGUCACGAGUCCAUCACUGACCAUGUGGGCUUCUGCCGUUUUGUUUACCAUGGUUCUCCGCAGCGUGAUACGGCCGAUGCGCCGGCGGUGAUAAUCCCCAAAAACGGAUCCAACAUUUCCAUCCUCUGCGGUCGGACAUUCGUCGAACGUCAGCUCCUGGCCGUUUCGAGUCAGGAGGAGGCCCGUUUGCCACCGCUGGGUACCGUUAUGUGCUUUCUGCCCGUAGAGAUUAAAAACACAAGCUAUCUGCUGGCUGGCUAUGAGUCCGGAACAAUCAUUCUAUGGGACCUGAACACCGGUAAACCUCUCAGUCAUCUGCGUUUGGAGGAGGAGCAAUGUCUGAUGACAAUCGAUUACGAUCCGGUCACGAACAGGGGUGUGUGCGGAGGCUCCUCCGAUCGCAUCACCGUGUUUUCAAUCGAUCGCCAAAACAUGCAGAUCCGCAGAAGCUCGGAAAUUUCGGUCAAAAACGCCGGCAUCCAUCGCGUGCGGAUUCGCAAAGACUUGAAGGUGUUUUCCAGUGCCGGAUGGGACGGGAGGAUCCGGAUCUUCUCCUGGAAGAGCAUGCGAAUGCUCGCUGUGUUGAGCGUGCACAAGGGCGAACUGAUGGACCUUGUCUACUCGGAGGACAAGGUGUCCAUGUGGAAGGCUGUCAUCAUGGCCGCAGCCGGUUCCGACGGACAGAUCUCCCUCUGGGAUCUGUACAAAUAAGAGCCAGUAAUAAAACGUGUGCACGUUUCUUUUUAAACGAGUACUUUUUUCUUGCUUUUAUCAUAUGAGUUCCAUUUACUCUCCGUUACUUACGAAGCUACUUUGAGAGAGUACUGCUAUAAUCGUUAGAAUUAAUUUGUUUAUUACCGUUAUGUACAUCUAUCCAUAUAUGUUAUCAUGUUUACUACUCUUGUUGUUGACUCUGAGAAGAAAAAUCUGAUCGUAGCUUAAUAUAUUUCGAUACUUUCAAAGUACACACUUUUACACAGCUUUCGUUCUAAACAAUGGCGAAACUACGACUAGCGUAUAAUAAAUAUAUUACUAUUUUUACUACAUGUUUACAGAAAUA